AUGCCACGGCUCGAGGAGGUGCCUGAGCGCUUCUCCUUCCCAAAGGGGGAGGAGGAGAUCCUCGAGUACUGGAAACAGAACGACACGUUCCACGAGUCGGUCCGGCUCUCCGAGGGGCGGCCGCCGUUCUCGUUCUACGAUGGCCCUCCGUUUGCGACCGGGCUGCCGCACUACGGCCACAUCCUGGCCGGCACCAUCAAGGACGUGGUCUGCCGGUACGCGCACCAGACCGGUCACCACGUGCCGCGUCGCUUCGGCUGGGAUUGCCACGGCCUGCCGGUCGAGUUUGAGAUUGACAAGAAGCUCGACGUCAAGGGGCGGCAAGACGUGCUCGACAUGGGAAUCGCGACGUACAACGACGAGUGCCGCGCCAUCGUGGGGCGGUACACCAAGGAGUGGGAGGUGACGGUCGGCCGCGUCGGCCGGUGGAUCGACUUCUCCACCGGGUACCGCACGAUGGACUUGUCGUACAUGGAGACGGUGUGGUGGGUCUUCCAGCAGCUGCACGAGAAGGGGUAUGUCUACCGCGGCUUCAAGGUGAUGCCCUACUCGUGCGCGCUCAACACGCCGCUCUCCAACUUCGAGGUGCAGCAAAACUACAAGGACGUCUCCGACCCCGCCGUCGUCGUCACCUUCCCGCUGCUCGGCGAGGAGGGGGCAUCCUUCCUCGCCUGGACGACGACGCCGUGGACGCUGCCGUCCAACCUCGCCCUCUGCGUCAACCCGGAGCUCGAGUACGUGCGCAUCCGCGAGGAGGCGACCGGCGCGGUGUACAUCCUGCUGGCGACGCGGCUGGUACAGCUCUACUCGGAGCUCGCAAACCCGAAGAAGGCGGCCGACGCGCGCAAGAAGUUCAGCGAGGUCGAGCGGAUGAAGGGCUCGGCGCUCGCGGGCGUGGAGUACGCGCCGCCCUUCGGCUACUUCGAGGCGCGGCGCGCGUCCGGCGCGUUCCGCGUCAUUACGGGCGGCUUCGUCACCGAUGACUCGGGCACCGGCAUCGUGCACUGCGCACCCGCCUUUGGCGAGGAGGACUACAAGGCGUGCCUCGAGCACGGAGUGAUCCGGCGCGGCGAGCCCCUCGUCUGCCCCGUCGACGCGGACGGGCGGUUCAGCGACGAGGUGCCCGAGUGGCGGGGGUUGGGCGUCAAGGAGGCGGACAAGCACAUCAUCGCUCACCUCAAGGCGCAGGGGCGCAUCAUCAAGGUGGACGUCAUCAACCACUCGUACCCCUUCUGCUGGCGCUCGGACACGCCCCUCAUCUACCGCGCCGUCCCGGGCACCUUCGUGGCGGUCGAGGCCAUCAAGGAGAAGCUGAUCGCCAACAACAAGCAGACGUACUGGGUGCCGGGCCACGUACGGGAGAAGCGCUUCCAGAACUGGCUCGAGAACGCGCGCGACUGGGCCGUCUCGCGCAACCGCUUCUGGGGGACGCCGAUCCCGAUGUGGGUCUCGGACGACGGCGAGGAGAUCGUCGUCGUCGGCUCCAAGGAGGAGCUUGAGCGGCUCUCUGGCGUGGCGGUGAGCGACCUACACCGCGAGUUCCUCGACCACAUCGAGCUCCCCUCGCAGCAGGGCAAGGGCACCCUCAAGCGCGUCGACGAGGUCUUCGACUGCUGGUUCGAGUCGGGCUCGAUGCCGUACGCGCAGCAGCACUACCCCUUCGAGAACAAGCAGACGUUCGAGGCCUCCUUCCCGGCCGACUUCAUCGCCGAGGGCAUCGACCAGACACGCGGCUGGUUCUACACCCUCAUGGUGCUCUCGACCGCCCUCUUCGACAAGCCCGCCUUCAAGAACCUGAUCUGCAACGGGCUUGUGCUCGCGGCCGACGGCCAAAAGAUGUCCAAGCGCAAGAAGAACUACCCCGACCCCGUCCUCGUGAUCGACUCGUACGGCGCGGACGCGCUGCGGCUCUACCUGAUCAACUCGCCCGUCGUGCACGCCGAGGACCUCUGCUUCCGCGAGGCGGGCGUCAUGCAGAACCUCAAGUACCACGCCUACCGGCUGCUGGUCGCGUCGGUGCGCACGGCCGAGGCGAGGGAGGGCGCCAGCUUCGAGCCGAGCGUCGGCGAGGCGCUCGGCUCGGCAAACCUGAUGGACAAGUGGAUCCUUGCCGCCGCAAACGGGCUCGUCCGCUUCAUGCGCGCCGAGGGAGGAGGGCCGCUCUCCCUCGCCUCGGCGGUGUGCGGGUGGUGCCGCGGCGUGGCGCGGGCCGGGGGCGCGCGGUAG